AUGACUAUUCAUGCGUACUCCGUAUCUAUCUGGGUACUGGGUAGUAAAUCAAUACACUGUGCCCUAGGAACAUGGUCCUACUUUAAACUCCUCUGGUCUGAGGAACUGAACCAUAUUACCCCGACCCGCAAGAAGAUGAGCUCAACCAUGAGGUAUACCCCCUUCGCCUCUGACAUAGAAUUCCCGUUUUAUACGGCUCUAGCAUCAGUCAAGAUCGAUCAUGACAAGCUUGACGAUGCUGCCCGCAAAGUACUGGGUUUCUAUGAGGUCCGUCCUCUGGACCCGCCUAAUACUUCUUGCCGAAUGCAAAUACAUGGAAGCGCCCUGACGAGCGAUGACUUCUCGUUCGCCAGGACGCCAGCGGGCCUUUUUCGAGCCGAAGGGACGAUCAAAAAUGUCAAUACGUUCGAAGAGUAUAUCAAGAUUGACAAAGCACAUGUCCUUCAGCAGUCCGCAAAGAUGAUAUGGGAUGCUAUAUGCGACGGCACCAUCUACUCAAGCCCCUCAUUACUCUCUUCCUUCAUAAUCUUGUCGUAUGCGGACCUCAAAAAGUACAAAUUUCAUUAUUGGUUUGCAUUUCCUGCACUACACUCGAAUCCUUCCUGGUCCCUUUUAGAGGAGACCGAGGGAGAUGGUAGGUCCGGUCAGACUAGAAAAACAAAGACGUCCGCUGGAGGUCUAUCAGAUGCUGAAAUCGCACUUCUUGCGGAGACAGUCAAGACAUGGAGUUAUGGCGUUGAAGACCGCCAGCGAGGGUUUUUCUUGGCUAGAAGAGUCCAUGUCAUCAAAAAUGGAACAAGACACGAAAACAGGCCUGGGAUUACCGACAAGGUCACGGAAUCAUCAAAUAAUGAUGAGCCGCGUUGGCGAAUUGCCCCCCUCUCAGCGUACGAAAAUGGGUUUUUCAAUGAGGCAAGCUUUGAGGACUGCUAUGUCUGUUUUACAGAUCCUUCGAACUAUGAUGAUGCACCCGGGUGGAUGCUUAGGAACCUCCUGGUGCUUGUAAAACGACGAUGGGGUCUCAAUAAAAUCCAGGUGCUGAGAUACCGUGACACACAGCCGCAGCCCAGUCGCGGCAAUUGCAAAAGCACGGUGCUUAUACUGGCGUCGGAUGAUAUACACACACUGAGUGCUGCAAAUUCGCAAAGACCGAGCGAAGACAUGCCGAAAGUGACCGGAUGGGAGCGUAACCCAGCCGGUAAAUUGACAGGCCGAUUCGUCAAUCUCACAGAAUAUCUAGAUCCUAAAAGACUAGCCGACCAGUCGGUCGAUCUCAACCUCAAACUCAUGAAAUGGCGGAUUAGUCCUAAUUUGAACCUCGAAAGAAUCAAGCAUACCAAGUGUCUCCUACUGGGAGCGGGAACUCUUGGAAGUUAUGUUGCGAGAAACCUGAUGGGCUGGGGAGUAUCCCGAAUCACUUUCGUGGAUAAUGGGUCUGUGUCGUUUUCCAACCCUGUGAGGCAACCACUCUACAACUUCGCUGAUUGUAUAGAUGGUGGGGUGAAAAAGGCUCUCCGUGCUUCUCAGGCCUUGCUGGAGAUUUAUCCUGGAGUAGACUCUACAGGUCAUGUUCUGUCUGUGCCCAUGCUCGGGCACCCGGUCAUCGAUGCUGAAAAGUCACAAGCGGAAUUCGAGGUACUGCAGACACUCAUAGACGAGCAUGACGUCAUAUUUCUUCUAAUGGACACGCGAGAAGCACGUUGGUUGCCGACAGUCAUGGGGAAGGCAGCUGGCAAGAUCGUCAUGAAUGCGGCACUAGGGUUCGACUCAUACGUGGUUAUGCGCCAUGGUAUCAAGAUAGAUGGGGACCCAUCAACAGAACUCGGCUGCUACUUUUGCAACGAUGUCGUUGCGCCGAUGAAUUGUACUGUCACUCGACCUGGUGUAGCCGCCAUAGCUUCGGCUUUACUAGUAGAGUUGCUUGUUUCCCUUCUUCAACAUCCUCUAGGCGCCGCAGCACCAGCCCCGUCUUCACGUAGUGAUGACCGAGGAAACCAUCCUCUGGGUCUUGUGCCACAUCAAAUCAGAGGAUUUCUUGCAACGUUUGAGAAUGUCCCAGUCAUAGGCAGAAGCUACAAGUAUUGUAGCGCCUGUUCGGACAGUAUCACCCUUACUUACAAAGAAGAUGGUUGGAAGUUCGUUCUGAGGGCUCUGAAUGAGCCUGGAUAUGUUGAAGAACUGAGCGGUCUCAAGGAGGUACAAGCAGUAGCAGAGGCAUCGCUUGCGGACGUUGAAUGGGAUGAGGAUACCGAUUCAGGAGAGGAGAUAGAACCAGGCUCGGUUUGA